CAAAGUGCGAGGCGAUCGCGUCGUCCGGCGUGUGAGCGCGCGCAUGCACGCACGCACGGCCAAGUGGCGCAUUGAGCGGGAGGAGCGAUCACUGGCGCGCGUUAACGCGACUAAACCAUCGCCAACUCAAUCCAACAUCCUCCACAAUGAGCUUGGACAAGCUUUUCCACCAAAUCCUUCUGACCGAACAACAAUUAAGUGAGCAAAAUCAGAAGUUAAAAGAAGUGAAGGCGGCCAUUGUCCGAUGCAAUGGUGAGUUGAAAGCUGCCACUGAAAAGUACGACAAGACUUCUGAAGAACUGGACAUGAAGGAGCAGCAGUUGUCCUCCAUGAGGCUGCAGAGGGACUUGAUGAAUAAAUGUAAAGAAGAGAUGUCCAAACACAUUCAGGAGCUUCUCUGCCAAAAGCGUCACCUCAAGGAACGUCUGCAGGACAAGAUCAGAGCAGAGUUCCAAGACGAACAGAGCGUCUUCCUGCAGGAGGUGUUCACCUUCAACAGUGACUUCAGUCUGGGCGGCAGCAGAGAGACUGUGUUGACCAGUCAAACACACACUGAGGUCCUGAACCUGGACAGACAGGUGGACUUGUUCCACAAAGAAAUGGAGGAGAUGAGUCAGAGGAACAGCCACAUGAGCGUCCUCAAUGGACAGAGGAGGACUCUCCAGCUUGAACUGCAAGCCCUCAAAAACAUGCACACAGACAUACAGCAGCAGCUCAGCCGGGCUGGAGAGAAGACACAAGCGCUUUUGGCCGAGAGACACCUCGUCAGUCAGAAACAUUUGACAGACAGCACCUGUGUCAGGAUGAGGAAGGAGAUAGAAGAGCACAAAAGAGGAGAAGUAGAGCUCCAGCGAGAAGCCCUCAGCUCAGAAUUGCACCUCCUCCAAAGUAAGAUGAAGAGUCAGCAGGGUGAGGAGCAGCGGUAAGAACAUCUCUGCUGACGUCACAGAGGAGCAGAAAGAAGGCAAGACACACCUUCAACCAAAUAUUGGUUAAACUUUUGUGCCUUAAAUGUUUGACUUAUUUAAGUGUUGUUAAAAUAGUUUAUAGUUAGUGAUUUAAAGGAGUCAUUCAUGUUUAGUAUUUGUGUAAUGGCUGAUUAAUAUUCGGUAUUUAUUCACUCGAAAUAAAAGGUUCAGGCUGACCUGGGUUAGUUUUAGUGUGGUAACAUGCUGCCCUCUAGUGGCAGGAGUGACGAAUGGCUGUUGGACCGAAGUUAUAGUGUGGUAACAUGCUGCCCUCUAGUGGCAGGAGUGACAAAUGGCUGUUGGACCUGGGUAAGUUUUAGUGUGGUAACAUGCUGCCCUCUAGUGGCAGGAGUGAC